UUUGUAAAAACGGGUCAGUCCAGUCCCACCCAGCCGAAGCCACGUGGUUGGCAUUUGGAAGGCAAAGUCUUCUUUUACUUUGUUUACUCCGACAAAGUUCUUAGAGCGUUACGCCAUUCAUCUUCUUUACUACUGAAUCACUGUUUCUUCAACGCUCUCAAUUGUUCAUCGUCAUCUUUAUCAUGUCAACAAAGGCGAAGCUACAAAUAUAACUACAUUUAUCCAUCUCCAACUUCAAUUUCUCUUAAAGACUUUUCAAUGGAGAAUCUACCAGAGUCACCAUUUUCUGAAUCAACAUUGGGAUCAUCGUCAUCAUCGCCAUCACAGAAAAAUCCUAAUGACUUGGGUGCUCUCAAUCCAAAUCAGUUGGUGCUAUUGAUCCAUGAUGCUAGUCUUCGUGAAGAGGUCAUGCAUCACCUCUACGAGAAGAAAGAUUCAUGCAAAAAUCUAGCUCUGCUGCUGUGGAACAACUUCAAUACAGUUUACAUGCUUUUGCUGGAAGUCACAUCAGAGUAUAGGAAGUUUUCACCCUCAAUGCUAUCUAUGAAGGAAGCAACUCGAGUUUGUUGUGCUCUUGCUUUGUUUCAGGUUUUGGCUAAUAACCCAGAAACAAGAAGGGGCCUCAUAAAAGCUAAAAUACCAUGUUAUUUCUAUCCAUUUCUCAAGCCUUGUGAGGAUCAUGAUGAGCCUUUGGAGCAUGUGAGGAUCACUACCUUUGGGUGUUCUCGGUGACCUGACAAAGUUUGAUGAUCCAUAUGGAUCACAUGCCCUUCAUUUCUUCUUGGAAUCGGAAGUGGUUCCUUUGUGCCUGAAGUGCAUGGAUGUAUGUGACGAAAUGUCACGGAAGGUUGCAACUCUCAUAGUUAUGAAUAUUCUGACGCAAGAGAGGGGACUGACCUAUUGUUGUGCUACACCUGAACGCUUCUUCGCAAUAGUACAAGUCUUGAGACGAGUAGUUGAGAAACUUUCUCCAAAACCUUGUUUGCUGCAUCUAGAAUAUGUGAUACAGUGUUAUGUAUGUCUGUCAAAAAUAUUUAGGUCCAUCGGGCCAUGUGAUGCAUUCGUAAGACAAAUUCCUCCUCAGCUAUUUGACAACACCUUUAGGCGCACUCUUCUUCAUGACCACGAAGCUUCGUGGAUGUUGCAGGUGCUACAUCUCAAUAUUUAUGGAUGUCUAUAUUUUCCGCCAAUUGAAGAGAGAAAAAAGAUUGCAAAGAAGGCUGCAUCAAGUUCUGCAUCAAGUUCAAAGGGUAAGGGAAAGGGAAAGAAGUGAACUUGUUCUGUAGGAAAAGACAGCAAAUAAUGACCUCGGUAGAGGGAAGAAUAUUUUAAGUUAACUGUUCAACUGUGAAAAGCUUGAGAACUUCUUGAGCCUCGUUAAGACUGAUACUUUUGCUUUGUUGUGUACUGAAUGGUAGCUUUGUUCAGCUGAAAUGAAGUUAUCUUAUUAGCAGUU